UGGAGAAGCUGCUUAAGGAGAUGAGAUCAGAGUCGUUGACUUUGGUCCUGGUCAACUUCGCCGGAAUAAUGGAGCGCGCCGACGAGUCGUUGCUGCCGGGAGUGUACAAGGAGGUCGGAGCGGCCCUGCAUACCGACCCCACCGGAUUGGGCUCCCUCACGCUCUUCAGAUCCAUAGUCCAAUCCGCUUGCUACCCGCUCGCCGCCUACCUCGCCGCCCGCCACAACCGGGCCCACGUCAUCGCUCUCGGUGCUUUUCUAUGGGCCGCCGCCACCUUUCUCGUCGCCAUUUCCUCCACUUUCGCUGAGGUUGCAAUUUCUAGAGGUUUGAAUGGAAUAGGGCUUGCAAUAGUAACACCAGCAAUUCAAUCUCUUGUUGCUGAUUCGACUGACAACAGCAACCGUGGCACGGCUUUUGGAUGGCUACAGUUAACUGGGAACCUCGGUGCCAUCAUUGGUGGACUUUUAUCGGUGUUAAUAGCGGAGACGACAUUCUUGGGUAUACCCGGCUGGAGAAUUGCCUUCCAUUUAGUCGGAUUAAUAAGUAUCGUUGUUGGUAUUUUGGUGUGUCUGUUUGCGAAUGAUCCCCGCUUUUUUGACAGUGAUGGGAACAAGAAAGAUCAGCCUCGAGAUAAGCCCUUCCGGGCUGAUGUGAUGGAACUGAUUAGAGAAGCUAAAGCGGUUUUAAGAGUGCCAUCUUUUCAAAUAUUAGUUGCACAAGGGGUCUCGGGUUCGUUCCCCUGGUCGUCUUUGUCGUUUGCCCCGAUGUGGUUGGAGCUUAUCGGGUUCUCUCACAAGAAAACAGCCCUAAUUUGGACUCUGUUUAAUGUUGCUGGAUCCCUCGGGGGUUUGUUUGGAGGAAAGAUGGGAGAUGUCCUCGCUAAACGCUUUCCAAAUGGUGGAAGAAUAAUUCUUUCACAAAUUAGCUCGGGCUCAGCCAUCCCGUUGGCUGCAAUUUUGCUGUUGGUUUUGCGGGAUGACCCUUCCACGACAUUGACACACGGUUUAGUCUUCUUCAUCAUGGGAUUUACCAUUUCUUGGAACGGUCCAGCAACUAACAAUCCAAUAUUUGCUGAGAUAGUUCCUGAGAGAGCUCGAACGAGCAUCUAUGCGUUGGAUAGAUCUUUCGAAUCAAUUUUAGCAUCCUUUGCUCCCCCGGUGGUUGGGGUUUUGGCGCAGCAUUUCUAUGGUUUCAAGCCAGUUCCAAAGGGAUUGACGAACUCGCAGGAAAUAGAAACAGAUCGAGAGAAUGCUGCAUCGCUUGCCAAGGCGCUUUACACUGCAAUAGGUAUCCCGAUGGCGAUAUGUUGUUUCUUCUAUUCCUUUCUCUAUUGUACAUACCCACGGGAUAGGGAACGGGCUAGAAUGGAUGCGUUGAUACAGUCCGAGAUGGAGCACAUCGAAGCAAGCUACACUGCUGCAAGAGAAGAAUGUACUGAACUUCGGGCUUUAGAAUCCGAUGGGCUGCAAAUAAAAGAGCAAACCGUGAUUAGUUUAGAUUAUGAAGGAGACGAAAGCUUCGAUUUUGAUGAGAAUGACGAGAAAAGGCUUCUUCCCCGUCAACUGGAGUCUUCUGAUUCCGGCAGAUAGACAUAUGAUCUGGUGGACUUAAGCACAUUUUAUAGAUCGCUUUCAAUUACAUUUAUAGUCUGACAUAUAUACAUUACAGGGUAUAUCGAAGCACGGUGAUAUCUAUGUUCAAAUUCACGCUUGCUUGAUCGGGCAAUGAGGUUCGUUACUCUUCCUAAACUCUUUAGUUUCUCGUGUUUAUAUGUAAAUUGAUACCCUUUAUGCUACAAAGGGGGAAAAUAUGACUAUAUACUAUGACAAUUUCGUGACGAGAAAGAUGCAGAAAGAGUAUAGUGACAAUAUAUGCUUUUUAUCAGAUUCUAACUAUACGAAUUUCUUUUGUUCCUCGAGCUAUGAAUAUUGAUUUUAUUCUGUUAUGGCCAGACAGAAAUUUAGCUAAGAAACCAUGGAAACUUGUCUUUGUUUUUCUCCAGAGAAAAUCCUAAGAUACAGAAAUCUUAUGGUCCCUGGGAAUCUUGUGGCUGUCCUGUUCACAUUUGUGUCUUUUUGGUACAUUGUUUGAAUUUUGUGUUGAACUUCUUCAUGUUAUAUCAAUUACCCUUUUGUACUAUGCAUUGUGUUGCUUUUGAGCUAACGGUUGCUCAACGGAACGAGAAAGAAAACAAGAACAUCAUCUGGAACGAGAAAGAAAACAAGAACAUCAUCUGAUGAGUUUUGAUGUUUUGUGCCCAAACGUUGUUGUGUUUCCCUGUUUGUCACAUCUCAACAUCUUCAGUUGUGAUAUUUUAGAACAUUUACUAACUGUUUUCGGGAUGGAAUUUCAAAGUGGUCAUUUUGAUCGUU